GAGAUUCGACUGAUUUUCCUCUUACUCUCUUUCUCUCUGUUUUAUUUUAUUUUAUUUUUUUCUCUUUGGAGCUGGAUGAGAUUAAAAUUUACGAGCUCGCGGGCUGCCUUUUCAAGCAGUCUGUCAGAACAAUCAACUGUUGCUGCGCGCAAACGAUUUGAAAAGGGGAGUCGAAAUUUCACAGGCUUUCUCAUUUGGCUUUGAAUUUGGCACGGCGCGGCGAUGGGCGUGUGAUUCCAGCGCGCCACUGAAUUGUUCAGUAACAUGGAAGAAAGACUGUUGCUAACAACGAUGCGUUGGCUACACUCGCGCGCUCGCUUUUGAUAUUGCAGACGAGUCUUACACAAUGAGCGCGCGCUCCGCGGCUCGCCGCGCUUUUGGUUCGGGCUUGUUGCAUAUUUGGAUCCGGCCGUGAAAGACGACCGAGCCGACAGUAAUAAGACAGACUCGACGUGAAAGAUCGUGGUUGGAUUUACGAUUUGGUUGAUUUGUGACCUUGUCCAGCGUUAAAGAGAGAGAGAGAGAGAGAGAGAGAGAGAGAGAGAGAGAGAAAAACCGCCCAGAUGCUGAUGAUGGAGAACGGCGGGAUGGACGCGCAUCAGGUUGAACGUGACGGGGAUUACGGCCGCGCGCGCUCCUGCACCUGGCCACAGCUGCCGCGUCCGGAAGAGGAACUCCGUGUUCCGCCAGUAAAAGAAGAGCCGUUUGACGUGCCCGCGUGUCGCGCCGAGAGAAACGGCGGCGGAGCACCGACAGAGCUGAAGCACCCUGCCGGAGCACCGGUACCCCUCGCGGCGGCCGCCGCUGCGCUGGACGCGGCCGGCCAGCUGCGCAAAUCCAAAUCGUCGCGGCGGAACGCGUGGGGCAACCAGUCCUACGCCGACCUCAUCACCCGCGCCAUCGAGAGCACGCCCGACAAGCGCCUCACGCUCUCCCAAAUCUACGACUGGAUGGUGCGCUUCGUGCCAUAUUUCAAGGAUAAAGGGGACAGCAAUAGCUCUGCCGGCUGGAAGAAUUCCAUUCGCCACAACCUGUCUCUGCAUACCCGCUUCAUUCGUGUGCAGAAUGAGGGAACGGGCAAAAGUUCAUGGUGGAUGCUGAACCCGGAAGGUGGGAAGAUGGGAAAAGGCCCUCGUCGGCGAGCUGCCUCCAUAGACAAUGGCACAAAGUACCUAAAAUCUCGAGGCCGGAUAAGCCGGAAGAGGGUCAUGGGGAUGGGCCGAGGACUUGGCGCUGGGCCUGGGAUCCAAGGGUCCCCAGAACAUGGUAGCCCAGCUGGGAAGGGUGGCAUGGGAGUAGGGAGUGAGGAGUUUGAUGCCUGGGCAGAUCUGCACUCCAGAACAAGUUCCUCUGCAUCCACCUUGAGUGGCUGCCUGUCACCAAUCGUGGCUGAAGCAGAGCCAGAUGAACCAGAGGAGGGAGGGCUGUCCUGUUCGGCUUCCCCUCGCCUCUAUCCGAGCCCCACUAGUACCAGAUCACCUGCACUGGGCACUGGGGGCCACUGUCCUUCAGUAGAGCUCCCUCAAUUGGCUGACCUUACUGGAGCCAUCAGCUUGGAUGAAGACUUCUCUCAACCACAGCAGCUCAAGUGCAAUGGUUACCAUUAUGGCCCAGGACCCAAAGGGGAAACAUCAUACUGUGGUACUGUCUAUGGUCAGCCUUCCAUGAGCAUGCUGAGGCACCAUGCCCCUAUGCAGACUAUCCAGGAAAACAAGCCAACCAGCUUCCAGCGCCCCCUAAGGGCUUAUUCAGAGAACAAUGCUCUGGAGAGCCUAUUAGCUGGUGGGCCACAGUACUGUGGGAAGGACAUGGUGGUGGGGCAAAAUCAAGCUGCCCAUUCUCUAAUGUCACAGUCUAAUGGCAUUGUGCACACUCAUGGCCAUGAUCAGAGCUGCAGUCACAAUCACAGCCAGAAUCCCAAUCCCAAUCAAAACCUUCACAAUGAUCAUGGAGCAAACCAUAAGCAGAACUCAAGUCUUCAUCACAACCAAAAUCGCAACAAGCAUCACCCAGAUCUAGACUACAAUCAUGGUUCCAAACAUCACUCUGGUCAUGACUACGGCCAAUCUCACAAGCAAAACCAUAAGCUUAACCCCAGCUCUAAUUCAAACCAUAUGCACAGCCAUAUGCAGCACAGCAACUCAAGGCAGUCAACACUCUCUCCCAGAGUCAACAAUGAUAUGUUGCAGCCCUACAAUCACAAAUCCUCCAAUCCAUAUGGCCCUCGUGCCCACCUUCCCUCUACCUCCCUACCCCCUAACCCAGCCGGCUUCAUGGAUGUGCCCCAGGACCCCUCCUUUAUGGCGUCUGCACCCCAAACUCGCCAUCAACCUUACCCAGGUGCUCAACACCAGGGCUUGACAGAACCCUGGCAUGGAUACUACCACUACCACCACCAGCCAGCCCAAAAUGGCAGUCACCAACCUGGUCACCACCAGCCACCUCCUAACCGACUGCAGCAGUCAGAGAUGGAGAUAGAAGUCCACCAGAGCAGUCUGGAUGGUGAUGUGGAGUCUGUUCUUCUCAACGAUUUCAUGGACUCUACGGAGGGAAUGGACUACAACUAUGACGGAUCACUUUCACAGGGUGUUGGCAUGGGAAUAGGCUUGGGAAUGGGGAUGGGGAUGUUCGCAGGGCCUCCGCAAUCACAUAACAGCCAGAGUUGGGUUUCUGGGUAACACAGACACUAAUGGGGAAAACUUUAACCGUAGGGCCCUGUGGGAGGUGGGGUGGGGUGGGGUCUGAUCAGGUCAGAACUGAUUUGACUGUGAUUUAUUUUUGCUCAGAGAGCCAAACAGUACAAGAAGGCAUUUUAAGGACAUAUAUUUGCUGGUGUCGGUGCAGUCAUUUUGAACGUAGAGUUCUCCAUAAAUAUUCUUCCUCUUUCCUCUCUCCUUCUCUCUGUGUUUCCCUGCUGUGGAUUAGUAUAAUGGCAUUCUUCAACCAAGUUUUGUCCUCUCUCUGUCCCUCAGUUCACUCUUUAAUAUCCAUCACCUCUUUCUGGUAAAAAGCUCUCUCAAGCACUUUACAUCCAUCUCCCUAAAUUCAGAGGCAGUAACAGCCACUCUGAAACCAGGGGAAUCAUAUUGUUUGCUGGUUCGCUGGGUUUAAUGUAUCCAAAUGACUCUGUUAUCCUUCCAGAAUGAAAAAAAAAAUUGUGUUCGUGUUUUUAUUUUUUUUAAGUUUUUUUUUAAAUUUUAAUUUUAAUUUUUUUUAAAUAAAAAACUUGAUUAGAAGAUGGAGAAAUAAAUAUCUGUGCUGUCAGGCAGUGUUGUGUACAUGUUGGUCAGGGUUGUGUGUGUGUGUGUGUGUGUGUGUGUGUGUCCUCGUCCCAUGCAGGCUCAUUGGAUGUCCCUUUUUCCAUAUGCUAGGACAGUCAUCCAUCAGCUCCACUUUAUUGAUAUUCGGCAUAUCGUUUUUAUUCUCCAAAGUAAUGCACCAGCUAUGCAUCACUACUCCAAAUCGAAUGUGGCACUCAGAGUAUCUUUUUUUUUUUCAGGCAAACCAGCUUAAUGUGUUUUGGCUAGAGUGAUGAUUGAAGUCACUCUACAGCAAAUGGUGGGGAAGAAGAGAAAGAGACAUAGAUAGGGAGAGGAAGGUAGACAUAGACAUGGUGAGAGAAGGAGAGAGAGAGAGAGAGAGAGAGAGAGAGAGAGAGAGGAAACAUGCAAAUAAUACCCUGUUCCUCUUUCUCUCCAUCUGUGGAUUUAUGUAACUUUCCCUGUAAUGAGAUAAGGAACGAUCAGAGGCUACCACACUUCCUGAACGAGGCUCUUUCCAGUGCACCUCUGGCCAACUCUACUGUGGCAGUCUCCUAUGAUCUGAAGCACUUUGCGCUUCAACUUAACUCCCCCUUUUGUUUACAUUAGCAUAUUGCAUUAUCAUUAGCCUAUGCAGUGUUACUUUAGAUAAUCAAUGCUGAUAUCAGUCAUGAAGCCUCAUUCAACCCUCAUUAACUCGGCACUGUCAAUCCUAAUUCAAUACUGUGCUGGAAUUUCCAGAAUAUAACCUUAAAUGACACUCUAUUGCGUCAGCUUAAUAAAGUAAUUGGUUACAGUGUGGUGAUAACAUUGCCAAAAGACAAAACCAUAAAUCCAGGCCCAGUCAGACCAAUUUUUGAGAAAAGCUAUAUUACGCUGCCUUCAGAAUUUACACUAGUGAACUGCAUGCUAAUUAGCCCAAUCAGAAAAUGGGUGCUAUCUCCCUUUCCCAGACGAACUCCUGUCAUAUCCUCUUCAUCCACUGAUUACACUUAGGGGAGAUAGAAAUAAUUAAGUGCUUACCAAGAAUGAUGAUUUGUGUGUGUUUUCCAUUUUAAAAAGCAACUUUCAAUUUUGUCAUCAUGCUGCCAAGUGAGUUCACCUACACUGUGAUCCUCCAGACAGACGUCUCUUUUCUAACCUCCAGAUGGCCACAUAGCUGACAUAUCGGUCUUUCUUUUUGUCUUUUAUUAUAGAUGUUAUGUAAUUUUGUGACUUUUUUGUGGAGGAAAAAAAUGGUGUUAUACAUUUUCAAUGCGUUCCCCGUUGAGUGGGUGAAGCUCUUUGGACAGAUUUCUCAUGAUGCUCGAUCUCAGAACUUCCUCACCAGGUUUCUAGAAAAAAUAGAGUAAGAGGGAUAGAUGAAGAGAGAAGGAUAGAAAAAAAGAGGAAUGAGUGGAGGAGACUGAUCGAUAGGCUGACAGAGAGAGACAGAUUGGAGAAUGAAUUAGUUGAAAAGGAGAGCAAUAGGCUGCUAGGUGGAAAAAAAAUGAGUUCAGAGAGAGACAGAGAGAUAUAUAGAUAGAGAGAGUGUGUGAGAGAGAAGCAGAGAGUUCCUUUCCUCAGCAAAGCUGUUUGAAUCAGGCCAAAUGUCAAGUGCCUCUCUGCAGCUUUUCUUGCACACACUCCGAUCAGAUAGCUAGCCUUCUCCCUCUCUGUUUCUUUCUCUCUCUCUCUCAUCUCUCUCUUUAUCACAGAGG